GCUUAUACAGUAUGAGGUGGGCGGGAUCUGUAGGCUGCAACCAGGGAGAUGGGCGUCGUACUCCUUACCUCUGAAUGACUUUUCUCCCUCUAUCAACAGUCACUUGAGGAAAAAGAGAGAAAUUACGGAGGUUCUGAAUUGGAGCCAAACUACUAAAAGUGAGAUCUCAAUUACAGGGGGUCUAGCUCCGCUGGUGUGUGUCUAUUUUCGUGAGUGUACAAAGUCUCUGCAUGUGUAAUAACAAAAGACGGUAAAAGGAAGGAAGCGACCUGUUACGUCGGGAAUAGGUCAUUCUUUCGUCUUGCCGAAGCUCAUUGGACAUGGAGCACCUAUGUGGAUCAGAGCUUCCGUUCUGGGUAGCCAAUGAGACGCUCCACACAGACAGCCCGGACCUGCCAGUCUGUUUUCAACUGUCAGUGUUGUCAUGGCUGCCUUGUGUGUACCUCUGGCUUGCUUGCCUUCCUUACCUCUUCUACCUCCAGAGGAACAACAAGGGCUACAUCAUGAUGUCCAUGCUCAACAGAGUCAAAACGGUCUUUGGGCUGGUGUUGUGGAUUGUGUGCUGGGCAGAUCUCUUUGGUACCUUCCAUGAGCUGCAGCAGGGAAAGACACAGGCACCCAUCUACUUCGUCACACCGCUAGUGGUCGGCAUGACAAUGUUGCUAGCUACGUUUCUGAUCCAGUUUGAGAGGUUGAAAGGGGUCCAGUCGUCAGGGGUCCUCUUCAUAUUCUGGUUCCUGUCAGUGCUGUGUGCCAUUGUGCCUUUCCGCUCCAAGAUCAUACUGGCCAAAAGCGAGAUUGGGAUAACAGACAAGCUCCGUUUUACCACUUUCUAUUUCUACUUUGCUCUAAUCGGAGCCGAGCUGAUCCUCUGCUGCUUUAACGAGAAACCCCCCCUCUUCUCGGAUGUAGACACUGAUCCUAAUCCCUGUCCUCAAACAACUGCCGGCUUCCUCUCCACUGUGACCUUUUGGUGGUUCACCAGAAUGGCCAUCAAGGGCUAUAAGAACCCUCUAGAAGCCAAAGACCUGUGGUCACUGAACAAGAGGGACAGCUCAGAGCAAGUUGUUCCCAAGCUGCUGCGCGAGUGGGAGGUGGAGCAGGCCAAGGCUCACAGUGCUGAAGACCAGUCCACCCAGGCGCUGUACUCCAAGCCUCUGCCAGCGGGAGAGGGCAACCAUGUCGGAGGGGAGAGCAGCCCCGAGGAGGUGGAGGUGCUGUUGUCAAAAAAGAAAGGCCCAAAGAAGGCUUCAUUCCUCCGUUCCCUCAUCAAGGCCUUUGGGCCCUACUUCCUCAUUGGAUCCGGUUUUAAACUCCUACAGGACCUAAUCACCUUUGUUAACCCACAACUUCUCAGCUUGUUGAUCUUGUUCACAAAGCAGAAGGAAGCGCCGACAUGGUGGGGCUAUGCCCUGGCUUUCCUCAUGUUCUUCACAGCCUUCCUCCAGACCCUAAUCCUGCAUCAGCACUUCCAGUACUGUUUCGUCACUGGCAUGAGGCUCCGCACAGCCAUCAUAGGAGCUAUCUACAGAAAGUCUCUGGUCAUCACUAAUGCAGCCAAGCGUACAUCUACAGUGGGAGAGAUAGUCAACCUGAUGUCAGUUGAUGCUCAGCGCUUCAUGGAUCUCACCACCUUUCUUAACAUGCUGUGGUCGGCACCGCUCCAGAUCAUGCUGGCACUGUAUUUUCUGUGGCAGAACUUGGGUCCAUCAGUGCUGGCUGGUGUGGCUGUAAUGAUCCUGCUGAUCCCCUUUAAUGCCGCCAUUGCUAUGAAGACAAGAGCCUACCAGGUGGAACAAAUGCAGUACAAGGACGCUCGCAUCAAACUGAUGAAUGAGAUUCUGAAUGGGAUCAAAGUGUUGAAGCUGUAUGCUUGGGAAAAUUCUUUUAAAAACAAAGUUCUGGAGAUCAGACAGAAAGAGCUCAAUGUUCUACGCAAGACGGCUUACCUCGGCGCUCUUUCUACCAUGGCAUGGACAAGUGCGCCAUUCCUAGUUGCCUUGACGACAUUUGCAGUUUAUGUUACCGUGGAUAAAAAUAACAUUUUAGAUGCAGAGAAGGCCUUUGUGUCUUUGUCUCUGUUCAAUAUCUUACGGUUCCCUCUUAAUAUGCUGCCCCAGGUCAUCAGCAGUAUUGUUCAGGCCAGCGUGUCUCUGAAGCGUAUCCAGGACUUCCUUAGUCAUGACGAGCUAGACCUAGAGUUAGUGGACAGGACCAAUACUGCCACAGAUUGCUCAGUGACUGUGGUCAAUGGGAAGUUCACGUGGGCAAGGCAAGAUCCUCCUGCCUUACACAAUAUAAACCUGAUGGUGCCUCAGGGCUCUCUGCUGGCUGUGGUAGGACACGUUGGUUGUGGGAAGUCCUCUCUGAUUUCAGCUCUGCUGGGUGAGAUGGAGAAACAGGAAGGAGACAUAUCUAUACGGGGUUCUGUGGCCUACGUCCCCCAGCAGGCCUGGAUCCAAAACGCAAUUCUGAGAGAUAACAUCCUAUUUGGCAAGGCCUAUAAUGAGCCCAAAUACCGCAGUUGUUUGGAGGCCUGUGCGCUGACCCCUGACCUGGAAGUACUACCUGGGGGCGACAUGACUGAGAUCGGAGAGAAGGGUAUCAACCUCUCUGGUGGCCAGAGACAGAGGGUGAGUCUGGCAAGAGCUCUGUACAAUGAAGCCGAUGUCUACCUGCUUGAUGACCCUCUGUCUGCAGUGGAUGCCCAUGUGGCUAAACAUAUCUUCGAUCAAGUAAUCGGCCCAGAGGGGGUGCUGAAGGGCAAGACGCGUAUCCUAGUGACACAUGGCAUCAGCUUCCUGCCACAGGUGGACAACAUCGUGGUAAUGGUGGAGGGCAGGGUGUCGGAGAUGGGCUCAUACCAGGAGCUGCUCAAACAGAACGGAGCCUUUGCUGAGUUCCUCAGAAACUAUUCCUUGGAGGACAUCAUAGAAGAAGACGGGGCAACUGUGGCUUUUGAUGAAGAAGAGGAAGACUUCCCGGAUGACGCCCUUAGUAACCAUACAGAUAUGGUGGACAACGAACCAGUGGUCAAUGAGGCAAAGAGGCAGUUCAUAAGGCAGAUCAGCAUCAUCUCAGGGGACCUGGAGAAUCCAAGGGGUCGGUCGGUCCGAAAGCGUCUGUGCAGCGAGAGGAAGCACGUCGAGCCUGAUCCAGAGAAGAAACUACCCAAAGUGGAGAAACUCAUCCUGGCCGAGACGGCAGAGACGGGCAGGGUGAAGGCCAAGGUGUUCUGGGAGUACGCCAAGGCGGUAGGCCCCCUGCUGUCCCUCUUCAUCGCCUUCCUGUACGGUUGUCAGAACGCCGCCGCCAUAGGAGCCAACAUCUGGCUGAGCCAGUGGACCAAUGACGCGGUCGGGAACGGGACGAAGGUUGAUGUCAGCACGAGGGUGGGGGUGUACGCUGCCCUGGGCUUGGCGCAAGGUGUGCUGCUGUUGGCCAACUGCCUGCUCUCCAAGGCCUACAGCAUGCUGCGGGCAGCCCGGCUCAUGCACCUCCACCUCCUCCAGGGGGUGCUGAGGGCACCGCAGGGCUUCUUCGAGAGCACCCCCACGGGGCGCGUUCUGAACCGCUUCGGCAAAGACGUGGACACUAUAGACUCGCACAUCCCAGACAAUAUUGACAUAUGGAUGCGCACUUUCUGGUACACAGUGAAUGUGCUGAUCAUAUGCUCUGCCCUCACCCCUCCAUUCAUACUAGUAGUAGUGCCGUUGAUGGUGUUCUAUUGGUGGGUCCAGAGAUUUUAUGUGGCCACGUCUCGGCAGCUAAAACGUCUGGAGUCAGUCAGCAGGUCUCCUAUAUACUCCCAUUUCUCCGAGACCCUCACUGGCUCUAGUGUUAUCAGAGCCUACGGCAGACACAAUGCCUUUGUACUUUUGAACGAUAUGAAGGUGGAUGAGAACCAGAAGAGUUACUACCCCGGUAUAGUGUCCAACAGGUGGUUAGGGGUGCGUAUAGAGUUCAUUGGGAACUGCAUCGUGCUGUUUGCUGCUCUGUUUGCUGUGAUCGGAAAGGCCCACCUCAACCCUGGACUGGUGGGACUCUCGGUGUCCUACGCUCUACUGGUGACCAUGUCUCUGAACUGGAUGGUGAGGAUGACAUCAGAUUUGGAGAGCAACAUUGUAGCUGUGGAGAGAGUCAAGGAGUACUCUGAGACGAAGACUGAGGCCCCAUGGGAGGUGGAGGAGAAGAAGCCUUCUCCUGAUUGGCCGUCCCAUGGGAAUGUGGAGUUCAGUGACUACAGUGUGAGGUACCGAGAGGGUCUAGAGCUGGUUCUCAAGAACCUCACCCUCAGUGUCAAAGGCGGAGAGAAGAUCGGUAUUGUGGGUCGAACUGGGGCUGGGAAGUCCUCUAUGACUCUGUGCCUGUUUCGGCUGCUGGAGGCAGCUGGCGGAGAGAUCACAAUCGACGGGGUCAACAUUUCGGAGAUAGGACUCCAUGACUUGAGAUCUAAACUUACCAUCAUACCUCAGGAGCCAGUGCUGUUCUCUGGCAGCCUGAGAAUGAACCUGGAUCCCUUUGAGAAGUACAGUGAUGGGGAGGUAUGGAAGGCUCUGGAACUGUCCCAUCUCAACAAAUUUGUCAGCAACCAGCCGGCAAAACUGGAGCUGGAGUGUUCAGAGGGAGGAGAGAACCUCAGUGUGGGCCAGAGGCAGCUAGUGUGUUUAGCCAGGGCUCUGCUCAGGAAGACCAGGAUCCUCAUACUGGAUGAAGCCACGGCAGCCAUCGACCUGGAGACGGACGACCUCAUCCAGUCAACCAUCCGGACACAGUUUGAGGACUGCACUGUCUUCACCAUAGCUCACAGGCUCAAUACCAUCAUGGACUACACUAGAGUGCUUGUGUUGGACAAAGGAAAGAUUGCAGAGUUUGACACUCCUACAAAUCUUUUAUCCAAGAAAGGAAUCUUCUAUGGUAUGGCGAAAGACGCAGGGCUGACACAAUAGCGCAACGCUCUGUACCUGUAUAAAACCUAUAGUGCCUUCUGGUGGAACACAGAUUGCCAGUGAAUGUAUCAUUUUAUACUGCAGUUCUCUGCAAAACCAAGAUAUAACCUUUUUUUGUAUGUUGUUACUUUUUCACAAAAACAAAGACAGAAACAUCUGUGCCACUGUAAUUUCCACAGGUUUCGGGAUGAAUCCAUCUAAGUUUGUACUGUAUCGUUGUUAGUAUUUAAGCUGUAGUUUUUAUUUUUAAGUGUCUGAUUGGGAAGCUUGCUCAGUUCCAUGUGCGAUUCGUCUGUGAACCUUAUCUGUAAAAACUUGAAUUCUGUACUACCAAAUAUGAAAAAUGCCUUAAAAUAAAUUAAGACUUUCUGUUG